AUGAGCUUCAGAGUGGCGACUUUCAUCCGGGCCUUAGCUGUGCUACCAGAAUUCUCUCAUCAAUCUCCAACACUGCAUCGCCGGGACAAAGCCUCAGAUCCACUGAGCUUCAGCAAAGAUGGCAACUUCAAAAUCUCGAUCUUUGAAGAUCUUCAUUUCGGAGAGAACGCCUGGGAUGCAUUUGGCCCUGCCGCAGACAAAAAGACUGUAGGUGUCAUCACCAAGGUACUAGACGACGCCAAGCCAGACUUGGUGGUACUGAACGGCGACCUCAUUACUGGCGAAAAUGCAUUUGCCGAAAACGCAACGUUCGUGCUUGAUCAGUUGGUGAAGCCAAUAGUCGAUCGGAGUAUCCCCUGGGCUAGCACCUACGGCAACCACGACUAUCAGGAAAACGUUACGGGAAGUGACAUCAUGGCGCGUGAGAAACAAUGGCCAAACUCUCGAACUCAAAAGAUGGUUAGCGACUCCAACGCUGGCGUAUCCAAUUACUAUCUCCCCGUCUAUGCUUCCGAUUGCACAAAAGAUGAUUGUACACCGGAACUGGUCCUGUGGUUCUUUGACAGUAGAGGCGGCUUCUAUUUCAUGCAGACCGAUAACAACGACGCGGCGAAACUGGUGGGUCAGCCCAAUUGGGUCGACGACAGCGUCGUCAACUGGUUCAAGUCGACCAACUCGGAUCUUAACAAGAAGUACAACAAGAACAUUCCCGGUGUCGCCUUCGUGCAUAUCCCGCCCAAGGCUUCAAGCGCCAUCCAAGCGCAGGGAAUCGACCCGGAGAAGAACCCUGGUAUCAACGACGAUUCUCCGCUUUCAUAUCAGGCUCAAGGCUGGUGUAAAGAUGGAAGUCAAAAAGAUUCCUGCGACUAUGGCGGACAAGACUCAUCGUUCAUGAAGGCGGUUGCUGAUAGCCCCGGCAUGAUUGGGGUCUUCAGCGGCCAUGACCACGGGAAUAGCUGGUGUACUAAGUGGAAAGGCUCUGUCAGCGGUGUUUCGGUUGACGGUACGGGUGUCAACUUAUGUUUUGGUCAGCAUACGGGCUAUGGCGGAUACGGGAACUGGAUUCGCGGUUCGAGGCAGUUGUCUUUCACCCGGGACAAGUUGUCAAAAGGGGAACUUGACACAUUUAUUCGAUUGGAGUCUGGCAACACUGUUGGAUCGAUUACUUUGAACUCCACAUAUGGGGAGGAUAAGUAUCCCACAACUCCAGACGACAGAACGUGA